AUGUCGUUAAUCCAUCACGACCCCGAUCUUGAUGGUGAUGUCGAUCCCGAAGCUGAAGACAGAGAUAACUUUCACCUGGAAGAAAUGCUAAACGAGUGGACCGACGAACCACCAAUUCGCCACGACGUGUACCCGGAGAGCGAUGGUGAAGGAGCCGACGACAGUUCCGACAUACAUGUGAGGCGUGGUGAUGGGUUUUUGUACCAAAAGCAGAGUUUCUUCAGUGGAGUUGCGUUCAAAGAGGCGGUUAUAGAUUAUGCUCUGAGAACUGGACAUAAUCCAACAUCUCUUUGGCACUCCAACCACUCUUCCUCGACCACGAGCUUCAGAACUAGAGUUCGUUCGUUCACGACGUCACUGUGGCUCUCGCGGCGUGGCUGUUACUUUCCGGUGGAAAAGAGAUGUCGAGUGAUUUGCAAUCGAACUCCGGCAGAUGUACCUCCGAGGACUAGAUAUUAUGCGGAUAGCUCAGCCCGUUUGGUUUUCAUGGAGGGGCCUGAGAUGGAGAGAAAGAUGAUGACAAGCUAUGCGGGAAACCCAAAGUACUCCUUCUUCUGGAGCUCAGAUCGUUAUCAUGCUUAUUACCAGAAAAAGCUUGCUGGAUACCGUGCGCAGAAUUACAUGAGGGACCUGAGAUCAAACUUAGUGAUUAUGGGAUACCUGAUGUUCCAUUGAGGGUGAGGGUAAGGGAACCACCGCUUCAGAUUCCAAAACCUCCUCCGGGCUUUGCUAGUGACCAGAAGCCGACAAUGAAGUAUCCGCCUCCACCACCUCGCAAGUAUGCAGCUAUACUCCCUGAAUGGAUUACUGGCAAAGAGCUUGAAACUAUCAAGGAAGGGGAUAUGGACGAGAAACAGCAACGAUAG